GAGAGAGAGAGAGAGAGAGGGAGGAGGAGGCGUUGUCAUCGAGAUGUCCUUCGUCUACAGCUCCAGGAAAAGAGUGUGUGUGGAUCAGAGCGAGAGCAUCACAGAAGCUGCUGCACUCCUCCAGAAUCAGCUGAAAGGUAAACGCAGGAGAAGAUGGGCGUGUCUAAGGUUCUGCUCGGCCUCGCCCACCUCGCGAGCCUAUUGGCCGCCGCUGUGAUGAGUCACGAGGGGGCGUGUCUGCGGGACGGGAGGCACAAAGCCACGCCCAGCCCGGAGCCUCACCUCAAGCAGUGCUCGCUCUACACGGAGAACUCGUGUUGUUCAGAGAAGGAUGUCCAGGAUCUGUCCGGCUCUGUGUCCGCCGUGGACAACUCUCACUGGGACAAGUGCGGCGUCCUCAGCCCUCUCUGCGAGUCCUUCCUGAAGCGUGUCGUCUGUUUUUACCGCUGUUCUCCCGAUGCUGCCCGCUGGCCACACCCCCACCGUGACUCCUCCCUGAAGGCGGUGCCUCUGUGUCACAGCUUCUGCAGAGACUGGUACGAGGCCUGUAAAAUGGACAUGACAUGUGCUCGGGACUGGAGCACCGACCCAAGCGGACAGAACUGCAGCGGCGGAUGUGUGCCGUACCAACAGAUGUACCAGCACGGCCGAGACCUCUGCGAGAGUCUUUGGGGAGAUGCGUUCAUGACGGUGGAAGACGACCCCGGGGAGGAAGACGGUGUCGAAGGCCACAGCUGCGGCUGCCUGACCCUCAGCCCUUCCGAUCGAGAGGUGAUCGCCGCUCUGAGGGUUCAGGAAGGAGACCCUGAAGAGCUGGACACCACCAAGAGCGGCCUGCCGCAGUACAGAGCUCCCUGUCCCCCCGCGGGGCCCCAGGCGCCGGCCCCGCAGGCCCGGAGGAGCAACGCCGUCCUGCGCAAGCGCUCCGUCCUCGCCAGCGACAUGGAGGGCAGCGGGAGCGGCUUCUGAGAGAGAUGCUCGCUGAGGAGCGUUUUAUCUUACCAGUCGGGUUUACUGUAAUCGGUUUCUACAGUAACGCAGCCCGUAGACUAAAGCUACUUCGGUAUCAUCAAAUCCCGCUUGUUUUAACCGGUUUAAGGUAACAUCAAAAAUUGAAUUUAGGUCCGAAUAACACUUUACAAUAAGGUUUCCAUUGCUGGCGUUAGUUAACCACGUCGAUAAACAUAAACGAGCGACGCUUGUUUCGCUAAUUUAAAUUUAUGUGAAUUUAAGCAUUAGUUUUAUCGUUGCUGCACCGCGAACUGACAUUAACGAAGAUUAAUAAAUGCUGUAAUAAAAAUAUGCUAGUUCCACAUUAUAAAGUAUAGGCUAUACACAAAUACAACGAGAGGGUAAGCAACAAGAUAGAUUAAAUGUUAUGAUGUAAUUUUGUAUAGGAUUCGGGAAAGUCAAGUCGAGGCUGUGCUUUUCCCGCUAUUUUCCCCACUGUUGUCAUUUUAGCCGCUAACUACAGAGCGCUAGCGGGCUAGUUUGGUUCGUGUGUAGGCUAGUUUUAGCAAUCGGUCCUGUUCCUAAUUAAAAGAUUCCCUCUUUAUUGCGUCCGCACACCUUGAAGCGUGGAGCUUAUUGUAAAGUGUGAGGCUAGCGAAUUUUCCCGUUUCCGUUACGUCGAUAAAAACGGCUUUCUCCGGUGCAGCCGCUAGCUACGUUAAAGCACUUCGUAACAUUAGCAUUUCCGGCUCACCUUAAAGUUAAACGGCGCUGUCGUCGAUUGUUUCUUUGGCUGUGCUGUGGCAGUCUACUAUCUCGUAAUCGGUGUCGUCUCGGUCGUCCGUUACACAGUUUAUCCGUGCGUCGCGUUCAUUUUUUGCGUGUUUUGAAAACAUCACCCAGCAUUUACACUGACGUCUAAAAAUAGCUGUAAAGGGGGAAAAAAACGAGAGGAUGCUGUAAAAUGUGUUUGAAUAUAGAACGAGCGUAGGACUAAUCGCUGGCCGUUUUCGCGGGUUUUGUUUUGAUUGGAUGAAAAUGGCGGCGCGUCACUGAGCCACGUGACGUUCCGCGACCGCAGCCAAUAAACAAACGUGUUUCUAUCCUGAUCUCCAAUUCAUGAAUAAAUAAAACUGGACUUCGUUUGCUCUUUUAAA